GUCUGUGGUCACUUCCGCUUUCCCUCACGCCGCGGCUCCGGAUCACCGAGAGAAGGAAGCCCAAGGGGCUCGCCACCCGCCCUGCAGGAUGUCGUACAUGUUGCCGCACUUGCACAAUGGCUGGCAGGUGGACCAGGCCAUCCUCUCGGAAGAGGACCGGGUUGUGGUCAUCCGCUUCGGGCAUGACUGGGACCCGACCUGCAUGAAGAUGGAUGAAGUCUUGUACAGCAUUGCUGAGAAGAAAUGGCAAAUUAAAGGGGGAGAUCCUUCCUCAUCUUCUUGCUUACAAGCCAUGUUUGGAUCUCUGCUGUUUUAAAGAGUAAAAAACUUUGCUGUUAUUUAUCUUGUGGAUAUCACUGAAGUACCAGACUUCAACAAGAUGUACGAGUUGUACGAUCCCUGUACCGUCAUGUUUUUCUUCAGGAACAAACACAUCAUGAUUGAUUUAGGUACAGGUAAUAACAACAAGAUCAACUGGGCAAUGGAAGAUAAACAAGAGAUGAUUGACAUUAUAGAAACUGUUUAUAGAGGAGCCCGCAAAGGUCGAGGUUUGGUGGUAUCGCCAAAAGAUUAUUCCACUAAAUACAGAUACUGACAUUUUUUGGGGCUGCCUUUUUUUUAACUCUACAUCCACUUAAGUUUAUUCUUGUGUAUGUGUACAUAUAUAUAUAUAUUAAAAAAACCCAAACCUACAAAUCCUUUAACUUUGAGCAUAUUUUGAAUUAUUUAAAAGGUUUGAAUUCCAUUUGGAAAAGGAGAAGAUGCGAAGCCUGGAACUUGUCUGACUGCAGUAGUAUUUACUGUAGAUUAAUUUUGGGUUGUUGGGGGGUUUUUUAUUUUUUAAAGACUUUACUCUAUGGUGUCCUUUUGGCAUUAUGUAUUUUUGUACACAAAAAGCCUGUUUGCAGAAAAUAAUUUCCACUGGUUUUGUUUUCUUUUAUUACAUAAAUACCUGGGAAGACUAUACUACAGCUUUUUAUAAAAAAAUAAAGUGAAUUCCACUUAUUCACCUUAAUUUUCUUUAGCUAAUUAAAUUUGAGAAUGAAAACUAAUGGGAUGCAAAGUCAUAAUGUUGAAGAUAAAAGCUCAUCACUUCUGUCAGAAUAUUCUUGCAUAGUACCUUGGUCUUCUGUAUCCAUUAAAAAUAGAAUAAAACACUAAGAUGCAUUUAUCAAUAUUUAGCUCAGAGAAAA